AUGAAGCCCUGCGCGCGCCUGUCCGGCCUAUGUGGCCUCGCCGCACUCGUCGCGGGUCUCGUUGCCAUCAACUUCCUCGCGACCCACGCCAGCGCUUUUGUUGGUAACCCGUGCGCGGGCAUCGAGUGCGGGCCAAGUGCGUCCUGCAUGGUGCAAGAUGAUGGCACCGCUGACUGCUGGUGCGAGGAUGGUUCUGCCUUCAACAAAACGGACAAGACGUGCUACGCAAAGUGGAUUGCGGGCCGAGUGCUUCUUGCGUGCAAGAGUCUCCUGAUCCCAACAGCCCUCCUGAAUGCGUGUGCAACGAUAACAAGGCAUUCAACAAAGCGGACAAGACAUGCUACGACGGUUGUGUUGUCUCUUACAAGGAGUGUGGCUCCGAUGCUUCCUGUGUUGCGUAUCGCAAUUACGAUCCCGAGUGCUAGUGCAACAAGGCUG